AUGAAGGGACUUUUCUUAAUAUUUUUAUUCUGCUUUUUCGAAUUUUCUAUUCAAACUUUUAAUGAUAGUUUGGAAAAAACAUGUGUAAUCAAAUACCUUAAGGAACGAGGACUUCUAAAAAGUAACUUUCCUGAGCCAGUAGAAGCAGUCCCCACUUGUGAUGACAUAGCUCGAAAUGUUUCCGCAAGAUUCGAAGCAGAUGGACUUUUAUUAGACGGGUAUGGGGAUUCUAUAAAUAAUGACUGCCUUGUGGAGCAGGUCAAGAAUACAAGUUGCCGAGAUAAAGCAAUGGCACGAGUUGUUGUUCAGAUUUGCAAUGUUUCUGAAGAUUACUUAAACGAAACUGAUGAUGAAAAAAACGCAAUGGAAGAUAUUUUAAAAAAUGCCAACGAGUUUUGUGAUGCUGAUGAAUCUAUUCGAAAAGGUCGAUAUUGCAUAACCAAGUUAAUCAUUGAUGAAAGGAUUAUUAAUGGAAGUGAUGUCGGUACAAAUCCCUCAAAUAUCGACGCAACAGAUAUUGAUUGUGAAAGUAUCAUAAAACCAUAUAGAGAAAAAUUUGAAUUCAUGUACAUACGCCAAUUAAAAGAAUUAUCUGCACUUCAGAUAGAUUGUGUCAUAGGAGUUGUCAGAAAGAAUAAAAUUUUUGAAAUUACGAGCACAUUGGGCAUUUUGGAUAAUCUUAAAAUGGACAAAAAAUUAAAAGACAAAAUAGACCUGAGAGAAAAUCGAAAAUUAAGAUCGCUCAGCACUGAAUAUAAAGCAUGCGUAGACAAUAACUAA